UCCUCAGGGGAUCUUAUUUCACUCCUCGUGCCUUUCCCUGAAACCGAACCAAAUCAAACCCAACCCUCCCUCAGAAGAGACUAUGAAGGCGUUGGUGACCGGUGCAUCCGGUUACUUAGGCGGUAGGCUCUGCCACGGACUCCUUAAACGAGGCCACUCCGUCCGCGCCUUGGUCCGUCGCACCAGUGACAUCUCCGAGCUUCCUCCUCCCUCCAGCUGUGGAGUCUUCGAACUCGCAUACGGUGACAUUACCGACUACCAAGCUCUCCUGGAUGCCUUCUCUGGUUGCCAAGUCAUCUUCCACGUUGCCGCUAUCGUCGAACCCUGGCUUCCAGAUCCUUCAAAAUUCUUCUCCGUUAAUGUUGAAGGAUUGAAUAACGUGCUACAAGCAGCUAAAGAGACAGAAACAAUUGAGAAGAUCAUAUACACGUCGUCGUUUUUCGCACUUGGUUCCACUGAUGGAUAUGUUGCUGAUGAGAGCCAAGUGCAUUGCGAGAAACGUUUCUGUACGGAAUACGAGAGAUCAAAGAUGACUGCUGAUAAGAUUGCUUCUCAAGCUGCGGCAGAGGGGGUGCCGAUCGUGAUGCUUUAUCCUGGUGUUAUUUAUGGUCCAGGGAAGCUCACUACUGGUAAUAUAGUGGCUCAAUUGCUCAUCGAACGCUUUGCUGGACGUUUACCAGGAUAUAUUGGAUAUGGGAAUGAUAAAUUUUCCUUUUGUCAUGUUGAUGACCUGGUAGAUGGUCAUAUUGCAGCAAUGGACAAAGGUAGACAAGGUGAAAGAUAUCUACUUACAGGAGAAAAUGCAUCCUUCAAGCUUGUUUUUGAUAUGGCUGCUAUUAUCUCUGAAACAAAAAAGCCAAGGUUUAGCAUUCCUUUAUGCAUAAUUGAAUCUUAUGGAUGGUUAUUGGUUCUUGUCUCUCGACUUACAGGGAACCUUCCUCUCAUCAGUCCCCCGACUGUACAUGUUCUAAGACAUCAGUGGGCAUAUUCAUGUGAAAAGGCCAAGACAGAGCUAGAUUAUAAUCCUCGGAGCUUGGAAGAUGGACUGAAAGAGGUCCUUCCAUGGUUGAAGAGCCUGGGGGUGAUCAAAUACUGAGGAAAAAUGUUUGUUGUAACAUGUGUUGUUCCCGUGCACGGGUGAGAUGUUAACUAGUUAGCGGGUCCGCUUAAAAAAUAUGAUUUGCGUUUAGUUAAAUUUAAAUUCAAUUCUUAAUUAUUUUGUGGUUUUUUAAAAUUUAAUGUAUAUUAUAGAUUUUACUGCCAUAUGUGUGUUUUACAUUUAUAGUGUAAAUAUGUCUUGAUAUUUUCUAUGA